ACUACUCCAACUACGUCACAUCGAGUCGAAGGUAAACACUCGAAAAAAAUACGAACAAGAAAUACUUAUAUGAAUCUUUAUCACAUCACUGUUGUGUUUGUGCUUCACAUUCAACAAGUUGUUCGUACAAUCGACUGCCAUUAUAAUUAAGAAACCUACGAUGGAGAUCAGUAACGAACUCCUGAGUAAAAUGCUGAGCGCCGAUUCAUCCUCCAAAGUGACCAUUCUCAACUGGCGGAUCAAAUCGAAUAUAAUCGCAUUAGGCAACAACAACACUUCGGAAUUAUCGCGACUCAAAGUCGAAUACCAAAGACGAGGUAGAAUAUUCAAGAAAUCAUUCAUUCUAAAAGUACCUUCAGCCCAUCCUAUGUACACGAUCGCGUUAAAGUACAAAUUAUACGAUAAAGAAUACCGAAUUUACACCCAAGUGCUCGAAGAAAUGUAUAAAAUCGACGGAGAACGAGUCGGUGCCAAGUUAUACUACGCCAAUGAUCAACAUUCGCUGAUCAUGAAAGAUCUUUCACUAUCCGGCUACAAAAUGGCAGACCGAGUCAAGCAAUUGGAUUACGAGCAAUGUUACCUGGUUUUGAAAAGUCUAGCCAAAUUUCACGCUUUAUCGGUAAAACUGGAUCAAAAUUCCAAACUGGACAGGGCCAUCAAAGUGAUCCCUUGUUUGACCGAAACUGAGCUGGCAGAUGAGACCAUCGUGUACUUGAAUAAUAAUUGCGAACAGCUUGCUAAUUGCAUAGAUCCAAAAUUUGGACUAAGGGAAAAAAUUCUUCAAAUCAAAGACCAAAUGUAUGAAAAACUGUGCCAAGAAAUGAACCCAAAUAGGUAUCGGUUCAACGUCCUGACUCAUGGAGAUUGCUGGUUGGGAAACACGUUAUUCAAGUUCGACAAAUAUGGCAAUGUUAAAAAAAUGAAGUUGAUCGAUUUCCAGUGCUCAUCUUGGCAGUCUCCAGCUUAUGAUAUACUUCACUUCACCUUGAGUAGUAUGAGAUUCGACGUUUUCGAGAAGCAUUUUCCUUACUUAAUGGGAAUCUACAUCGAAACGUUGAACAGAACAUUGAGAUUUUUCCAUUGUGGAUCGUAUUCUUUGGAGGAGCUCUAUCGAGAUAUGGAAUCGUCGCCUGUAACGAUUUGUAUGAUAUUAUGUAUGCAGUUGCCGGAAACUUUAACGAGUCAUGAAAAUCCAAUAGAUUAUCGCGAUUUUAUCCACGAUGGAGUGGUUGAUUUCGACAGCUAUAAUAAACUGUUCGAGAAUCCUAUUUAUUUGAAAGUGCUGAAUCAGUGGAUUUCGUACUACGUUCAAAAAGGUUUGUUUGAUUGAAAAGGAACGACUUUCUCAGAAUAACAACUUUCCCAAUUGCACGAUGCAGAUUGACUCACACUAAGGACUCUUUUUAUCACAUUAAAUUGCGACAAUUUGAAACGAAAGAGAAAGAAUAUACAAACAGCAAAUAAAAUCAGUCAUGGA